UGAAAACUAAAGGAAAUAAAAAACAAAAUGAGCAAAACCUGGAGUGUAACCAUGAAGAUGAAGAUGAAGGUGUAGAUAUUUAUGAAAACUGAAGAGAUUUGUGCUGCUGUCAGGAAGAACUGAUCAACAACUUCAGCAUCAGCUUCCAGCAGGAAUGAGAGCACUGCUUAUGAUGAGUAUCUCAUUAUAUUUAACACCAGCAGAUGAUCAUAGAAAAACGGAUUAUCUUAAAAAGUUACAUCUCUUCUUAUCAGCUUUAGCCUGAAACUUCAUUUAUGAAAACUUUUUGUUUUGCUUCUGACCCCACAACAUUCCUUACUGCAUCAUUUGUUUAAUAUUUGGGGAGUUAAAAUCUUAACAAUGAAUGAAAUUAUAAACAAGAAUCAACAUGAAACUUUUUAAAUAUAUUUUUAAACUGAAAAAAUGUGCAACUCAUUGUAAUGUAAUAAUGCAGUCCAAACUCCUCAAUUUGACCACAAAUCAAGUCUUUGCUAUAAAUGACUCUCUUUGACCACCAGGGGGAGAUGUAGCAGUUAAUGAGGUUAUUGUGGUAAAAAAAAAUCAGAGAAAGUUCAUAUUGCAAUUGUUUAUCAAUUAAAAAUGAUUUCAUUGUUGUUUAUUGGAAAAAAAAUCCAGCAGAAAUUAAUACAGUCAAGUUGUUACAAAUAUCAAUAUCCUGAAGGUAUUUUUAUGUUUAUUGUUUACUUCUUUGUUCUGAGUGAAAAUCCUUCAUAACAUUUAUAACAAAUAUUUAAUACCUUCAUUAUUUAACUAUGUUAAUCUUUUGGAACUAGAGAAAAAAAAUCAAACAUCACAGAGGAAAGAUCACAAUAAACAAAUAAGAAAUAAAAUAAAUAUAUAAACUAUUGGAAUUACACCUAGGUUCCACUAGGUGGCAGCACAGUUGAGUUCCAUUGAUUCAUAAAAGUCCCGUUUCUUACUUAAAGUUCCUUUAUAUUGUUUUUAAAUGUUUUUCUAUAUGUAUUUUAAAUCUGUAACUUGAUAAUAUGAGUGUCAAUAUAUUUCUUUUUUAUUUUAUUGAAUUAAAGUGAAUUUCUUAAUGUAAAUGUUGAUUUUUUUAUCUUUAUUUUUUUUACAUUUUUACUGUUUAAAUAAAUACUAAAAAAUAGAGACAUUAUUUUAAGAAAUGUUCUUCUUAAUCACAUUUUGUGGAGCAAUUUUGACGUGUAUUUUGUAACUUAAACUGAUAACUCAGAUAAAAGCAAGUCAACAUCUCUCCGGUGAGUUGUCCUGGAAACUUAAAUGACUCAUCAAUGUGUUAGCCACAAAUGCUGCUGAUCAUUGGUGGAUAAAUAUAUCUCCUCUGCUGCUACUGUCACAUUCUCAGAAUAACACUUCCCCUUCAGUUCUCAGAAAAAAAUACUUGAGUUAAAACAAGGAAGCAACAAACAUGAGAGGAGAAACAUCUCAGUUGUGUUCGGUAAUUUUACUUCUUCAGAACAUUGCAGAGCGAACAGGAGAAUAAUUCUGUGUCAUCACCGAAUCCUGAGUUUGUAAACAUCGACAUCUGCAGCUAAAUUAUCAAGUAUAAACGGUUAAACUCACAGGGCACAGUCACUGAGAGGAAGUGAUGCAACUGAAAACGGCAUGAAUGUAUUUUUAAGCAGAACCAACGUUAGAGACUGAAUCAUUAGUGAAAAUAACAGAGCAGUAAGGCACCAUGGCUGCUUUCAGAUGGAUUCAAAUGGUUUUACUUCUGAUCCUCAUGCUUCAGUUUAAAGCACAAACUGAGACGCAGCAAACCUUCCUUACUGUCAGAGAUGGAAAUGAAGUCACUUUGCCUUGUGGAAACAGAAGAGACACACAUGAUAAAUCUGAUGAAACUAUUUGGUUCAUCAAUGAUAAACAUUUAUCUGAAAUAAGAACACUGAUCAAACUUGGAAAUUCUCACAGAGAAAUGAAAACUAUAUCAGACAGACUGAGUGUUACAGCAAACGGUUCUCUGCUUCUACAUGAAGUCACAGAGGAUGAUGCUGGUCGGUACACAUGCCGUUGGACAAUAUCAGGACAACUACAUGACUUUGCUGUGUAUCUAUCUGUAAUUACUAUAUUUUUCUCUUUAAUUUCUCUUUUUCCAUCAGUUGUUGAGCAGGAGAAACCAGAUAAAGUCGCCUUGUUCUGCUCUGUGAUCCAAUAUGAUCACUGUCUACAUGAGGUGAAGUGGCUUUAUGAGGGGAAAGAGGAAAAACCCUCAGAUAUGAAAAUAUACCAACAUUCCUGCUCUGCCACUGUGACAUUUCCAACAUCUCAUCAGAAAUUAGACAUUUAUCCGUCACUAACAUGUAAAGUCACAAACUCAGUCACUAAAGCAGUUCAGCUGAUCCCCUUCAGUCUUCAGUCCUCAGAGGUGACCCAGUCAACACCAACAGCAACACAUCACUGGACAUCUGCAGGGAGCAACAAGGAAGUUAAACAACAAGGAGAAAAUCAAAGAAAAACAACUAAAGGAGUAGAAAAAACAACCAACUCGGCAGAUCUUACAUCAAGUUUUCCAUGGUGGUAUAUUUUUACUCCAUUAUGCUUAGCGAUGGUUUUAAUAACUGUCCUGGUGAUCAUCAUAUGGAACAAAACUAAAGGGAAUAAAACACAAAUUGAAGGCAGCAUGGUUCCCCAACAUAAAGUGGCAACAAACCAGGACCUGAACCCAGAGUCUUCAGUGGGCCUAGCUGUUCCAGAAACCAGUCAAAAUACAACUGAACCAGAGGACGAUCUGUCUUAUGCCACCAUCAACUUCAAGAAAUCCAAAAAGGAAACAGGCAAAGUCCAGGAAACUGUGAUCUACAGCACUGUGGGAACUUCUUCCUCUUCUGCUGGAGUCUCCUCUGACACAGACUGUCUUUAUUCUACAGUCAACAAGAAAUAGAAAAAGCAUUAAAAGCUUUACAGCUUGAGCAAAGACACAAUGUACCAAGGCUGAGUCUGCAGUGCAGCGGGUCUCAACUCCCGGCCCAAGAAUCUGCUGUAUAUUCUUCUCUCCUCUCUGUCCAGCAAAGCAAUGGUUCAAAACAGAGAAGGACAAAGUCAAAAACAAAUAUUUUGACUUGAUUUCUGUUUGUUUUGUUUUGUUUUGCUUUUAUUUUAUUUUAUUUUAUUUUUUGCUUUUGCUACAGAUUAUAGACGGUCAGAAUAAAACUUUAAUAUCUUUUUACACCCAAGUGUGUAACUAAAGAUAUCCUGUAAAUACUGCCCCUAGAGGUGAAACAAGUAUAAACUUUCUCUAUCACACCAGGAUUUCAUGUUCUUUGUCACAGAUUUAAACUAAAUAAUAUGUUGGUUUGCUCUGCAGAGGAGAUUCGUGGCUCUCUAAAAGAAAAUAUUGAAGGUUGUGGUCGUCAAUGCUUUCCUAUCCUGGGUAAUGUGAGAAAAUCUGACCACCCAGAUAGAAUAAAGUUAGAUUAAGUAUGUUACUGCUUGCCAUAUACCAGUGAAACGCAAUGGAGAUGGCGUGAAGAGGCUAAAGCAGCUGGAGUCAUAACAUGAAUCAGUCAUCAGACGGUUCAGUUCUGGAAAGUGAAGUGUCCAGUUUGUAGCUCAUCCUGCAUGAUGCCAUAGAGACUCAUUCAGCGUGUUGCUCACGUGUCAUCUGACUCUUAUUUCUGCUGUCUAAGGAAACUUGCAGAGUUAAAAAAGGGAACCAACAGGGCGUGCUGUGGUGGCAUAGGGGAUAGCGCGACCCACGUUUGGAGGCCUUGAGUCGUCACGCGUUCGAUUCCCAGACCCGGCGACGUUUGCUGCAUGUCUUCUUCCCCCUUUCCUGUCAGCCUACUUUCAUUUAAGGGACACUAGAGUCCACAAAAAGACCCCCUGGAGGGGAGGAAGAAAAAAAGAAAGGAAACCAACAGAUCUCAGAUCAGUCAAACACUAUCUGUGUUUUGUAACAGCAGUUUAUCAGUAUGUAGCAUUGCAAUCUGAGGUAAUAAUAAGUCUUCACUGUACUGGCCACAUCUGUUAAUAACUAAUAUAAUUGAGAAAUACAGCUGGGAAAUCUUCACAGUCAAGUUCCUCAAUUUUAUCCUCAAUGAAAAUGUGUUUUUCCCUGCUGGUCUUGAGAAAUCAUGAAGCAAAAAUAGCAAAAUGUGUCUCAACCCAGCGGCCAUGACAGGUGAAACCAGCUCAUCUUCAUUCAAAGCUUCAUUCACUGCUCACUAGUGACAUCUGCUGGUAGACUGAAACUGUGACAGCUUGUCACUCUAAUAAACCAUCCUUUAACUGUAUUAGACCAUAGCCAUGUAUUUCCACAACAAAGUUUUUGUGACACCAUUGUCCAGUAACAGUAAGAUCCAUUCAACCAUAUUUUACUGUCAUAUCUUUUCAGUUCUUAAAAUGAUUUAUACUCAAAGUAAUUUUGCUGAUGUGUUGACAGUCAGUUGUGGUUGUGCUUUAUGUCAUAGGCUGAUUUAACAAUAAAGAAUUUGCUGUUUCAUCAUCUUGGGAGUGAAGUUAAUUCUUACGUUGGGACAUGAAGGUCGAGUUUUGUUUCAAAGAGGAAGUUAUUUCUGAGAAAACCACGUGACCUCUGCUGCAUUAGCACAAACUACACAGCUCUCAGAAACUAACACCUGGUUUAUGUUUUUAUGUUGCUGCAGAACUCAGUCAAAUUUCAACAUGUCCUGCUUUCCCAUGAGUAAUGCAACCAA